AUGCAUCGGGCGGCCCAGUCGCCUCCUUUGCACCAUCCCGUGCCGCAACAUGUCUCGACCGUCCCUCAGCUCCGAUCACCGCCUCCGCCGCCGGGCUCCGCGCAGUCGCAUCAGAUGGGCUACGGGGGGAAUCCAUACCAGCAGCAGCAGGGGGGCAACAUGGGCAAUGCCUUUGGCGCAUACGGGCAGUUCAUGAACGAUCCUACGGCCCAGGUCGCGGCGCAGUUUGGACAGACUGCCUUCAAGCAUGGCCAGGAAUACGUAGAACAAAACAUUGGCCGCUACGUCAAUGUGUCUGCGCUCAAAUACUACUUCAACGUCUCCAAUUUCUACGUCAUCAACAAGCUCUUCAUUGUCCUCUUCCCCUGGAGGCAUAAGCCUUGGUCCCGAAAGCAGGUCACUGGCGCGAGUGGUCAAGAUCUGCGCUACCUGCCCCCGCGAGAUGACAUCAACAGCCCCGAUAUGUACAUUCCAGUGAUGGCACUGGUCACAUAUAUCCUCCUAUCUACUCUGGUUGCCGGCAUAAGGGGCAAAUUUAACCCCGAGCUUUUCGGAUACACAGCAACAACCGCGCUCGGUGUGGUUAUUUUCGAAAUCAUCGCGUUGAAGGUGGGGUGCUACUUGCUGAGCAUCUCCAGCCAGUCCCAGCUACUUGACCUGAUUGCCUACUCUGGAUAUAAAUUUGUUGGUAUUAUUGCUACCAUCGCCAUUGCGGAGAUUGUCAACGGUGGCAAGGGCACUGGCGGCUGGGUCGGGUGGCUGGUCUUUAUUUACACCUUCUUGGCCAAUUCUUUAUUUCUGAUGCGAUCACUGAAAUACGUCCUUUUGCCGGAAACAUCUUCCAACUCCGGAGGUCCUAUGCAGACUGACACAAGGGCGAAGCGAAACCAGAGGACACAAUUUCUUUUCUUCUACUCAUAUCUCGUCCAGCUCUUUUUCAUGUGGCUUCUGACCAGAUCUUGA